AAGAGGAGAGAGGGUACGCAUCAAUUUGUACAGUCUUCAGUUGGCACCCCGCGCGCGCGCGCGUGUGUGUGUUUUCGGACUGAUUUCUCCUGCGUUCCUCCUGUCGGCUGCAAUAUGAGCCAGCGCGAGCCUGUGUUGACAGACGCGCGUGCGUGUUAGCGCGCACCAUAAAGCGACCAAACAGAGGAGGAGAAAGGGAGAGUGGGUAGCACGCAUCGCUGGAUGUUCUAGGCAUCCAUUCUGCGCUCUUCUGCACGUCUGAGAAGAUCGGACCGCGACCCCGCUGCUUCCUCUGCGCGUCUAUCAAUAACAUUCGCGGCAUAGAAGAUCAGGACGAAAAAAAAGAGGAGAGCCGCUGCGGCGCCAGUGAUGUUUUGGUAACUCCACAUGGUGUGAUGUAGCACAUGGUCUCCUCACUAAGGAACGAGAGCCAGUUCAGUUCCUACCAUGGCAUGUGUUGUAAAAUGGCUGUUAUAAAGAAGAAAUAAUGAAAACGCGGACACAUAAAGAAUCGAUGCCCAUGCGGAGUGGGCGACGGCGGGGGGCGAGUGAGGAGAGAAGAGGUCGACGCCCGCACCCCAGCCCCACUCUGCCUGAACGUAACGAUAGACAGACGCAAAGAGGUGCAGCCGAGGAACUGGCUGGAAAUCGCUUCAGACGCAGGUCACAAGGGCAUGAUUCAUCUGAGAGCGAGGGGGAUGAACUUGUGUCUCCUCCAAAGAGGCAGAAAGUUCAGGAAUCGGCCUCUACCCCAAAUCCUCCAACAUCAACACAAUCGACUGACAACUCAGCUCCUCCCACUGUCCCGCCUCCAACUUCGGUUGCUAGCCAAUCUCGUGAGAGUGACAACGAAGAUGGCCAAUCCCAAGGCAGCAGGAGUUCAGUCGUCGGGAGCCUUGCCAAUAGCAGCAGUAGUCUGAGCAGCGGGCGGGAUAUCGACCAGGACAAUCGUUCCUCUUCCCCGAGUCUCUCCGCUUCUCCUCUGGGUAGCCUGGAUUCUGAUUCUGAUGGCCCCGACUCACCAAAGCAAGGAGAGAGGGAAAGAGAGAAAGGCAAAGAGGGAGGAGCAGGGAAGGUGGCAGGAGAGGAGAGGAGAACAAGAGGAGAGGGGAGAGGGGAGGAGUCCUGUGGAGAUGGAGAAAAGAGGGAUGUGGAUGGAAGAAUUGAAGACUGUCCUACUGUUAAGCCCCCCUCCACCCCUUGCCCUUCCUCUGCUCUGACUCCCUCUCUCCGCACAGGGGGGGAUUCAUCAAAUGAUAGCAAUAGCGGGAGGAAGUCCUAUUUCUCCCUGGACUCCAAACUCCUGUGUAAAGUUGAAUAUGGCGGACCAACAGGUGUUGAUGGUGCACAUAAUGGCAGCAGAAUGAAUUCCAAAGCCAGCACACAAUGUGUGAACAAGACAAACAUCUCCGGGGGAGACUUAUCCCAACACAGUCCCAACAUUUCUCAUUCAUUACCCCCUCCUCUUCCUCCUCCACCUGCCCUAAAACCCUUGGAGCUGGGGGGACAAAACAUGCCCACUGAUGUCAAGACAGAGAGAGACAAAAUGGACAAGACUGACAAACACCUGGACAAGACUCAGUCUGGUCCUCCUUCUCUUUUACCACAAUCUGGCCCCCAACCCCUCUCCCAGUCCCAGUCGCAACCUUCUACCCACCCACAUCACUACAGCCCCACCAGCUGGCAGGGUACCACAGCACCUGGUUGUCAGGGGAGCUGGGGCUACACCCGUUACCCUGGCAGCCAUCACCCACACCAACAGCAGCACCAGCCCCCAGUGCAACAACAGCAACUCCCAUCGGUUUAUAAUGACCCAGUUUCUCGCCACUCCUCAUCACACCCCCCUUACCUUCCCCAUCCUCACUCCCAUCCCCACAGGGAGUACCUACCCAGGUACACUGGAGGGGGAGGGGACAGAGACAGGACACCUGCAGCAGAGAGGGAGAGGGGAAUGAGAGGGGAGUGUGGGGGGAGAGAGAUCAGGGAGUUCUCUGCUCCUAUCGGCAAUAACAACAAUAGUACUAGUGGAGCUAAUACUAAUAGUGUUUGCAGUGGGAUGGGUGGCCCCACCAGUAGCCAAAGUAGGGAGUUUGCGGGUAUGCCAGUGGGUCAGAACAGAGAGUUCCAAGGACCUGGGAGAGAUGGACCAAAUAUGGCCCCUGAAAGAAGAGAUUUUGGUCCUGCUUUCAGAGACAGGGACAGAGAAAGGGAGAGGGAUGGAGGGAGGGAAUUUCCUUUGCCAAACCAAAACCAAAAUAGAGACUUUGCUUCCAGUGGCCCUGGAACAGGGCAUUUCAGAGACAAAGAUGCAAGCAGAUGGGGUGAGUUUGGGAACCAAACAAGAGAAGUGAUAAGUAACAGUAGUAACAACUCGGUUCCCCAGGGGAACCCACCAAGUUCCUCUGGCGGGCUUCCUGUCACCCCCAUAAUGAACAGAGACCCACCUGCCUCACCCCAAAACAACCCUAACCACCCUUCACAUUCCUCUCUGACCCCACAUUCCCACCAGCAUCCCUCAAACUCAUCUAACCGAGACUUUGUUCCUCCUAUGGAGCAGGCACAAACGCCCUCUGGAACAGACCAGUUCCACAGAGAUUAUGCUCAAGGUGGAGGAAAAGAUUUUCCAGGUGGUGCAACCCCUUCCACAGGCACAAAUAGAGAGUACCUCAGCCCCCCUGGUAUGACUCCAAAUGUGGGACGAGAGUAUGUAGCCACUGGAGGAACACAACACUCUCACCCACCUCACUCACACUACCAGGCUGGGCCCAGGGAUAGAGAUAGGGAUUCAAACCUACGAGAGUCGACUCUGUUCCAAAAUCGUGGAGGCCCCAGUCAACCUUCUGCACUCUCUCCUUCCUCUACAACCCAUCACGGACACUCGCAAAAUACUCCAUACCCAACUCAGCCCCCUCUACCUCCAUCUCAGCCCUCCCACUCCCAGCCACCCCCAUCAGGAAUGGCACCUAAUGUACACUACCAGUCCUCCACCCAGACUCCUCCAAUACCUCUGUCUCCUUUACCUAGUCCUUCCUCCAAUCAAAUGGGAAACUUCUCAUCUUUUCCACCCAGCUCCUCUGCUGGUCCUAACAUGUCACUUCCUGGUCCAGGUGGGUCAUCCACCUGUUCACCUGGAUGUCGCCCUUCACCUUUCCAUAGCAGUUUGAACAGCCACAGCUCCUUCAGUGGACCAUUCCACUCCAAUGGGAACAAUGGCGGCAACAACCUGGCAAACAGCAAUAGUAGCAAUAGCGCACCAAAUAGCAGCAAUAGCAACUCACAGUCUCUCUCACCUCAAAGUGUCUCCAAAGGACCACCACCUCUUAAUAAUCCUGCCAACAACAACGGCAAUUCAACUCCUGCCUCCAGUUCAUCAAUUCUCAGUGGAGAGGGGCAUUUGGAUCCAUCCACAGGUCCACCUCCUGCACCUGUCAUAAAGGAAGAACCAGUGGAAGAGAGAGAGGAGAAUGAAAGCCCACCCCCAGUUUUGAGAAGCCCCUCCCCUGAGCCGAAGCCUGUAGACAUUCCCAUCCAUGCCAGCCAGUCAGCACGGUUCCACAAGGUACUUGACCGUGGCAGUGGGAAUUCCUGUGCCCGUAGCGAUGUCCUCUUUGUCCCGCUGGAUGGUUCCAAACUGUGGAAGAAGAGGAACGAGAUGAUUGAAAGAGCCCGUAGGGAGGUUGAGCAGAGGGCCAGAGACUUGAAAGAGAAAGAGAGGGAACGAGAGAGGGAAAAGGAGCGCGAGAGAGAACUGGAUCGACAUCUGCAGCAGCAGAAGGACGUCAGCAUUGCUGGAGGCGGUCGCCAGGGCUCCUCUCUCUUUUUCCCCUCAUCAUCUUCUAUAAUCCUUGAUCCUUCAUCUUCUUCUUCCUCCUCUUCAUCAGUGGUUCCUACCUCCCACCCUCCUCCUCACCCCCAACAUCAUGCCUCACAUCCACAUGCUCACCUUCCUCCAACGCAUCAUCUCCACCCCACUCUUGCUCAUUCUAUUCCACACUCCCUUCUCCUUCCAUCAAUGGGAGGGGCAUCAUCAGUGGUUGGAGGCCAUCAAGGUGCACUAGGAAUAGGUUUAGGAAGUCCUUACCUGGGCCCUGAUACCCCGGCACUAAGAACCCUAAGCGAGUACGCUCGUCCUCAUGCUAUGUCUCCACUUGGGGCAGCAAGCAGGGCACAGGCACAUCACCCCCAAGUUCACCAUGGACAUCCUCAUGUACACCCUUCAUUCUUCUUUUCUCAGUUCCAAAAUCAUGCUUUGGCUCACCCUCAUCACCUCCCCGCUGAUGCUGCUACAGCAGCCGCUAUUUUGGGCUUUCUGUAUGGUGGCAGCCUCGAAGGAGGUCCAGGUGUUGGAGGCCACCCUGGGAUGGCCGGGGGACCAAUACCUGGAGGCAUUGGGGGUGCAGGAUUAGGAGGAGUAGGCUUUCCUCAUGCAGUGGCUGCACACCGGGACCGAAUCAAGCCAGGAUUUGAAUUUAAGAGUGAUGAGAGGGUAUAUCCUCCAGGAUCAAUUCCUGAUCCUGCAGCCCUUGCUCUUGCUCACUCUCAUUCCCAUGCACAUGCCAAUGCUCAUGCACACUCACUCCUCCUUGGCGGAGGUGGAGGUGGAGCUAGUGAGGUGGCACUUUAUGGCACUCCUCCUCCACCAGCACCCGGUGGUCCCCCACACCUCCACAAUCCAACUCUGGUGCCUGUAACUCGACCCCCCAACCCUUCCGGCCCUCAGUCUCUGUCGAAUCCAUCCUCUUCAUCUCUCCUGCCUUCCUCACUCUCCUCCCAUCCCACAUCUACACCAGUGGCUGUUUCCACAACCCCAGCAGGACCUACUGCUCCUCCAGCAGCAAGUCAAGCUGCUCCACCAACAUCCAACGCUGCCUCACUUCAUCACCCAGUCCCCCAUUCUUCAUUCCCAAAUUCCCUAUCCUCUCAUCUACCACCAGCUCCUGCUGUAGCCGCACCACCUGAGACCUACCCCACUCCUUCUCGCUCUCCAGCCUCCUAUGAGAGAGAAAGGAAUGGAGAAAGGGAGAGGGAGCGAGAACGGGAGAGAGAAAGAGCAGGUCUGCCAGCAUUUGGGGAGAGAGACCGAGAAAGGGAGAGGGAGAGAGAGCGGGGAGGAAGCAGUGGAAGCGGAGCAGGCAGUGGAGGAGGAACAAGUGGAGGAGGUGGAGGAGAGAAUCUGGGGCGUCUUCAGAUGCUGAAUGUGACGCCUCAUCAUCACCAGCACUCACAUAUCCAUUCACAUCUUCACCUGCACCAGCAAGACACAGCGGCGGGCGGGGUUCACCCCCUGAUGGACCCGUUGGCAUCGGGGUCUCCUUUGGCACGCCUUCCAUAUCCAGGGGCCACACUCGGCACUCCCAUCCUGGCACACCCCCUCACUGACAGCGAGGUUCUCCGCCAGCAGCUCUUCGGUGAGGAGAAGACUCCUCAUCCAUGUGCUCCUUUCCGUGACCUGCCCCAGCCAUCCUCCCUCACCGGCCCAAUGUCAGCAGCUCACCAGCUCCAGGCCAUGCAGCAGGCCCAAAGUGCAGAGCUGCAGAUCCAGAGACUGGCCCUGGAACAGCAGUGGAUCCACCACCAUCACCACCACUCCCUCACCCAGGACGAGUACUACAGUCACUUGAAGAAGGAGAGCGACAAGACCCUGUGAGGGAGGGGCAAUAUGAAGAGCAGCACGGAGAAAACUUAAGUGUGCAAAGUAGCAAAUUAAAAGCACUGAGAAUAACGAGGGCACAAAGACUCUGAGCAAAAGCUAAUGGACAAGGAAUUACCGCAAGGACACGAGAAGAUUGUGACAAAUUACCGAGGCGGAGGAGGGAGGGUACGAAAAUGUUGCACACAGUCCCUGUUAACUGCACCGUGGUGAUAAAUCCAGCCUCCAGUGCUUCCCUGAAUCAGUUCUUUCACUCUGUUCUUGUUUUUGUAUUGUGCCCUGUACAGUAUAUUUGUUGGAGGCGGCUGAAGUGAAGUACAGCACGUGUAAAAUUGAUGCCACAAGAAACGUGUACAUGAGUCUCUUUCAUGUCAUUGCAUGUAGCUAAGCACUUCUUCUGAACUGGUGGAACUUUUGGUUCUAUUUUUAGUAACUCUCCCCCUCUUUUGUACCCGAGGGGUGUUCUGUAUGCAUGAGACCAGCAAAAUUAGUGUUUCGUUCCCGAUCAAUAGUAUUGUUAUUAUGAUUAUUGUUGUCUGUUUGUUGAUAAUGAUAUAAUUAUAUAUACAGUACAUAUUAUUUGUAUUAUUUUUUUACAUUGUCAUGGUAUGCUGUCACUUUUUAUUAUUAUUAUUAUUAUUAUUAUUAUUAUUAUUAUUAUUAUUAUUUUACCUUGUGAAACAAGAUGCAAAUGAAGGCAAAAAAACAACAACCUGGAAAUAAAUUAUAAUCUUUUUUGCUA